AUGGAUGAAUCACAGUUUACAGAUAAUGCUUUGAAGAUCAUUACAAAUGCCACUCAGUUAGCUAAGGAUAAUGCUCACACUCAGUUAACUCCGUUGCACUUUUUAGCAGCAAUGGUACCAACAGAUGAUGAAAAUUCUACACAAUACCUUAAAACAUUGAUUCAAAAGGCUAGAUAUGAAUGGCCUACAUUUGAAAGAAAUGUGAAUAAGCACUUAGUUAGAUUGCCAUCACAAACUCCUGCACCAGAUGAUAUUGGGCCCAGUUAUGCUACAGGCCAGGUGUUGACCAAUGCAACAAAAAUAAAAUCACAACAGAAGGAUAAUUAUGUUGCUCAAGAUCACUUGUUAUUAGCAUUGUUGGAUGAUAGUUCGAUAAAAGAUAUUUUCAAGGAAAGUGGAAUUAACGUUGAUAGCAUCAAGACACAGGCCAUUGAAUUGAGAGGAAAUCAGAGAAUUGAUUCAAGACAAGCUGACUCCUCGUCAUCUUAUGAAUUUUUGAACAAGUACUGUGAAGACUUUACAGAAAAGGCCAGAGAAGGUAAAAUAGACCCCGUAAUAGGUAGAGAAGAAGAGAUCAGAAGGGUCAUUAGGGUCUUGGCCAGAAGAACCAAAUCGAACUCUGUUUUGAUUGGUGAACCUGGUGUUGGUAAGACAUCUAUUGUUGAAGGGGUUGCGCAAAGAAUCAUUGAUGGCGAUGUUCCAAAUAUUUUAGCCAAUUCCCGUUUAUUUGCCUUAGAUUUGGGUGCUUUGACGGCCGGUGCAAAGUACAAAGGUGAAUUUGAAGAAAGAAUUAAAGGUGUCUUGAAUGAUAUUGAAAAAUCUAAUGAAAUGAUUAUUCUUUUCAUAGACGAAAUUCAUAUGUUAAUGGGUGAUGGUAAAUCAGAUGCGGCUAAUUUAUUGAAACCAAUGUUGGCUAGAGGUACUCUUCAUUGUAUCGGUGCAACCACUUUCACGGAAUAUCGUAAGUUUAUCUCAAAGGAUGGUGCUUUCGAAAGAAGAUUCCAAAAAAUCGACGUUCCUGCUAGUACUGUUCCUGAAACUGUUGCUAUAUUGAGAGGUUUACAACCAAGAUAUGAAAUCCAUCACGGUGUUCGUAUUUUGGACAGUGCUUUAGUUACUGCGGCUCAAUUAGCUUCGAGAUAUUUAACUUACAGAAGUUUACCUGAUUCAGCUGUUGAUCUUAUAGAUGAAACUGCUGCUACGGUUGCCGUUGCAAGAGAUUCUAAACCAGAAGAAUUAGAUACUUUGGAAAGACACUUACACUUAAUUGAAGUUGAAAUUAAUGCAUUAGAAAGAGAUGUUGAAGCUGAUGCAGAUUCCAAAGACCGCCUUGAAGUUGCUAAAAGAAAGAAGGCUGAAUUAGAAGAGCAAUUAGGCCCAUUAAGAGAAAGGUUCAACCAAGAGCGUGCAGGCCAUGAAGAAUUAAUUACAGCAAAGCGUAAGUUAGAUGAAUUAGAGAUCAAGGCACUGGACGCUGAAAGAAGACAUGACACUGCAACCGCUGCAGAUUUGAGAUACUUUGCUAUUCCAGAUGUUGCUAAACAAAUUGAAGAUUUGGAAGUAAAGGUAGCGGAAGAAGAACAGUCCUUAGGCUCAGAAGCAAUGUUAAAGAAUGCUGUCAGUAGUGAACAAGUUGCAGAAACUGCCGCUAGAUUAACAGGUAUUCCCGUAACAAAAUUGUCUCAAGCUGAGAAUACUAAGUUGAUCAAUAUGGAAAAGGAAUUGUCUUCAGAGGUUGUCGGUCAAAGUAAUGCUGUUAAGGCUGUCUCCAAUGCUAUCAGAUUAAACCGUUCGGGAUUAGCAAAUCCAAAUCAACCAGCUUCCUUCUUGUUCUUAGGUUUAUCUGGUUCAGGUAAAACCGAAUUGGCUAAGAAGGUUGCUGGAUUCUUAUUUGCAGAUGAAAGAGCGAUGAUAAGAAUUGACUGUUCCGAAUUAGGAGAUAAAUGGUCUGCUUCUAAGUUGUUAGGUGCAGCCCCAGGAUAUGUUGGAUACGAAGAAGGUGGUAUUUUAACCGAAGCCUUAUUACGCCGUCCAUAUUCAGUGGUUUUAUUUGACGAGGUCGAGAAAGCAGCUCCUGAAGUUUUAACAAUUUUAUUACAAAUUUUGGACGAUGGUAGAGUCACUUCUUCCCAAGGUAAGUUAGUCAAUUGCUCCAAUUCAAUCAUUAUUAUGACUUCGAACAUUGGUGCAGAACAUAUCAAUGCCUCAAAGGGCUCCAAGAUUGACGACACUACUAAAGAAUUAGUGAUGAAUGCAGUUAGGGCUAAUUUCAGACCUGAAUUCUUAAAUCGUAUUUCAAGCACAGUCAUUUUCAAUAGAUUGUCCAAGAAGGCUAUUUCUAAGAUUGUCAAGAUCAGAUUGAAUGAAAUACAAGAGAGAUUUGCGGCAAAUGGUAAAUCUUUAGCUUUGGAGGUUGAUGAUGCUGCAUUGGAAUACUUGUGCAACAACGGUUAUUCUUCCGAUCUUGGUGCAAGACCACUUAACCGUCUUAUCCAGAGUGAAAUAUUGAACCGUUUGGCUGUGUUAUUAUUAAAGGGUCAAAUCAAGGACAAGGAAGUGGCUAGAGUUACUUUAGGUUCUAAAGGUUUGGAAGUCUUACCAAACCAUGAGGCAGAAGAUGAAGAUAUGGCUGAUGUCCAAGUCGACGACUGGAAAGAUAGUGAAGAUGAAGAUGAAUUGGACUCAACUCCUCUUGACUAA